AUGGCGAAAACCGAAAUUCUAAAGGGCAAAAUGCCAGUUGCUUUGCUGCAAGAAAUGUGCUUUAAGGUACAAGGACCGCCUCCUAUUUAUCAGUACUUGGGAGAGGAAAGUGUUCACUUUAGCAACACAAAGAAAUUUACACACGCCGUUUCUGCUCUGGGCAAGAUAGCAAAGGGGGCCGGAAGAUCAAAACAGGAGUCGAAACAUGAGGCUGCGUGGCAACUUAUACGCCAGCUAUUGGACCUCCCGGAGGCUGACACAGACACAGGAGCUGACAAUCAAGACGGAACGGCAGUCCCAGACUUGUGUUUGGAUCGCGUUACCCAAGUGCGAGAUAUUUGCAUUCAGCGUAAUUUUCCUUUGCCUGAGUUUGAGCUAGUACGUAGUUACGGCCCUUCACAUGCACCGGUUUUCGAAUAUGAGUGUCGUAUCCGUGAUAUUGUACGACGAGGCACCCAUUCCACCAAAAAAGGCGCAAAGCAGAAUGCUUGCCAAGAAAUGAUUGCAACGCUUCAAUCGAUGCCAGUGGAAGAAUCUGCAUUGCAGAUCCAAGUACUAGAUAUGGCUCUAGAAGCGGUAGAAGAGGACGUCAAAAAUGUUGUUCGAACGUACCGCGAAUACACUCAGUCGGAUAACAAAAAGAAGCUUGGAGUUAGUAUUGCAGAUAGGCAUACAUUUUUCCUCGAUUUACCAAAGGAUCGGAUCGAAGAGUCACGUCGAAUAUUGGAAAAUCCUGAUUUAACGCUUAGCGAGAAAUGUUAUCAAAUCCCUCUAUCGCUUGGACUGAAGACGAAACUGACGAUAUCUAAUGGCAAUAUGCCCACCAUAAAGGGUAGCUGUAUGAACACUUUCGAGCUGCUUCAUCCUGAGUAUGACUGUUUCAUAUAUGGUCAGGGAGAAGCAAUUUAUCAAAAAAUAUUUGAUUAUUUUGAAAAAAUGCUUAAAGCUCAGCAAAACAACGGUGUUCGAGCGAUGUUAUAG